AUGGUGGGGUAUCCCUCGUUCAUGCGAGGCGCUCCCCCAGUCGGCAUGUCCACAAGAAAGUUCGAUGAAUAUUAUCGCUGCUACCCCGUUGUUAUGAUGAGCGGCCCUGAGAGAACGAGCGUCAACUUUGGUGGCAAGGUGUUCCUUCCACCCUCUGCACUCGACAAGUUGACUCGGUUACACAUCGCAUACCCUAUGCUAUUUCAACUGAUAAACGGGAAUGCGGGAAAGACAACCCACGCUGGUGUCCUGGAAUUCACAGCAGAGGAGGGAAGAAUAUAUCUGCCACAAUGGUUGAUGAAAACGCUCCAACUUGACCCAGGUGAUCUGCUUCAGAUCAAAUCAACAGACCUACCACCCGGCAAAUUCAUCAAAUUACAGCCUCAAUCACCUGCAUUCCUAGACAUCUCAGACCCUCGUGCAGUUCUCGAAAAUGCCUUCCGAAACUUCUCCUGUCUCACCAAAGGAGACAUCUUUACUUUUGAGUAUAAUGAUCAAACCUUCGAUAUUGCAGUCCUCGAGAUUAAGCCUGACACUAAUUCUCAUGGCAUCGUCACCAUGGAGACAGAUCUAGAGGUUGACUUCGCAACGCCUCUUGGUUAUGUUCCACCAGAAAGAACCAGCGGUACGAGCACACCAAGGAGUGGCAUUGGAAGACCACAUGGUGGCUCAGUCCAUUCCCAAGGGACCAUGGCACAAAAUAUCAACUACUCCAGCAUAGCACCCAGUUCCACGACUGCUGCUGCUGGCUCAAAGGCUGUGUCAUCCAACUUUUUAUAUGGUGGUCACAAGCUUAAUUCCAAGAAAGGUUCUAAGGCUCCGACUCCGAAUGCCUCCACUCCUGUCGCAGGCAGCUCCUCAAAUGCGCCGAAAACUCCUCUUCCCAGAAAGACAAUGGGGCCGCAACCACUACGCCUUCCUCCAGGCAAGCUAUUUUUCGGGUACGAAGUAAAGCCUCUGCGUAAAGUGGAUGAAAAUGGAGAGCCAGUGACGGGUGAGGAAAUGAAACCGCGCUUUGAAGGGCAAGGACAAACUUUGAGACAGAAGAAGAGAGCUGCAGGCACCGAUAGCGGCACCGGUAGUGGCGUCAACAGUGAUGCAGAAGCGAAACCGAAAGGGAAAGUGACAGGCUCCGGCCGGAAAUAA